AUGCCUUCGUCCGUGAUCAGCUCCGCGUCUACAAAGAACCACCCUGGCAUUGCUGGCACGGGGGUGCUCGAGCUCAAGCUGAAGAAAAAGCUCGCGGCAGACCCACAGGCCGUCGUGUACAGCGGCAUCCAGUCACCGGUGAAGACCAAGGUACGAGGGGGCAAAGGCCACCACAAGCGCAACCCUCUCGCGAACGUUCGCCUCGACAACCUGUCGAUACAUGAAAAAUCGUUCAAGAAAGAGCGGGAAGACAUCAUGGUACACCUCAAGUUUCCAUCGCCCACUCGAAAGUACAUCGAGCACGAAGUUGUGCUGAAGAAGCAUAAGGACAAGUAUGCCCGUGAGUCGCUGCCUCCGGUUGCCGGCGCAUUCAAGAAGCGACCGAUCCCAAGCUCAACCUUCCCGAGCUCGUACACCCGCGGGGCUGUGCCGAUCUGCAUCGAACCCACAACGGGGGGCAAUGCGCUGCGAUGGACCAAGCCGUUGGCGGAAAUUGACUACAGCGUGAUGCUGCCAUUGCUUUUGGACGGCACGCGGGAGUCGCAAGAGCCGUAUCAUUUUCUUGCAACGAAAGGCUCGAUAGAGCUAUUGCAAUACGGCCGGCAACACCCCGAGAAGGUCCACGCAUGUCUACAUAAAGUUGUCGCACCGCUGCGGGUCGCGCUCAACACUCGGGAUCAAAAGCUUGUGUGCGAAACCCUCAAAGUCAUGCAAAUCCUUCUUGACGUCGAAGGCAUUGGUGUUGCCCUGGUGCCGUACUACAGGCAACUCCUUCCGACCCUCAACCUGUUCAAGAACAGUCGGCAUAACAUCGGCGACUCGAUUGACUUUGGCCAACGCCACAACCAGGAUCUCGGGGAUCUUGUGCGGACGACUCUCGAAAAGAUGGAGCGCGUGGGAGGUCCUGACGCUUAUGUCAACAUCAAGUACAUGGUGCCGACUUAUGAAGGCAUCAACUUGGGGUAG